CUUUCCCUUUUCUGUUUAUAGAUGUUACUUCAAAUGAACAACAAGAGCUUUUCUGCCAGAAGCUACAGCAGUGCUGUGUACUGUUUGAUUUCAUGGACUCUGUUUCAGACUUGAAGAGCAAAGAAAUUAAAAGAGCAACGUUGAAUGAACUGGUUGAGUAUGUUUCAACUAAUCGUGGUGUAAUUGUUGAAUCAGCGUAUUCUGAUAUAGUAAAAAUGAUUAGUGCUAAUAUCUUCCGUACGCUUCCUCCAAGUGAUAAUCCAGAUUUUGAUCCAGAAGAGGACGAACCCACACUGGAGGCCUCUUGGCCUCACAUACAGCUGGUAUAUGAAUUCUUCUUGAGAUUCUUGGAGAGCCCUGACUUCCAGCCCAGCAUUGCAAAGCGAUACAUUGAUCAGAAGUUUGUACAACAGCUCCUGGAGCUUUUUGAUAGUGAAGAUCCCAGAGAGCGCGACUUCCUGAAGACAGUCCUGCAUCGGAUUUAUGGGAAGUUCCUGGGGCUGAGAGCGUUCAUCAGGAAGCAGAUUAACAACAUCUUCCUCAGGUUUAUAUAUGAAACAGAACAUUUCAAUGGUGUGGCUGAACUCCUUGAGAUAUUAGGAAGUAUCAUCAAUGGCUUUGCAUUGCCGCUGAAAGCAGAACAUAAGCAAUUUCUAAUGAAGGUUCUUAUUCCUAUGCAUACUGCAAAAGGACUGGCUUUGUUUCAUGCUCAGCUGGCGUACUGUGUCGUGCAGUUCCUGGAGAAAGACACCACACUGACAGAGCCUGUGAUCAGAGGACUGCUGAAAUUUUGGCCAAAAACAUGCAGUCAGAAAGAGGUGAUGUUUUUAGGAGAAAUUGAAGAAAUCUUAGAUGUCAUUGAACCAACACAAUUCAAAAAAAUUGAAGAGCCACUUUUUAAGCAAAUAUCCAAGUGUGUCUCCAGUUCUCAUUUUCAGGUUGCAGAAAGAGCACUGUACUUCUGGAAUAAUGAAUAUAUUCUUAGUUUAAUUGAAGAGAAUAUUGAUAAAAUUCUGCCAAUUAUGUUUGCCAGUCUGUAUAAAAUUUCCAAAGAACACUGGAAUCAGACCAUUGUAGCACUUGUGUACAACGUGCUGAAAACCCUGAUGGAGAUGAACGGCAAGCUCUUUGAUGAUCUCACUAGUUCCUACAAAGCCGAGAGACAGAGAGAGAAAAAGAAGGAAUUGGAACGUGAAGAAUUAUGGAAAAAAUUAGAAGAGCUGAAGCUGAAGAAAGCUCUGGAAAAACAGAACAGUGCUUACACCGAGCACGGUAUUCUCGAAUGCAACACAAAUGCCAGCUAAAGAGCCACUCCCACCACUGCUGGGCGGACAGCUCCGUACACAAAAUCUUCCAAGCAAACCUCAUCAGUAUAAUAUAGUUAGGAGGCCAGUUUUCCUGGCAAAUGUAAAGCGAAAGAAAUCUGGACUAAACAUAGCCCUGUGCUGUUUUGUGGCCACAGUACAUUGUAACCUUUGUCUAAAUCAUCGACUUUGUCACUUUAUCAUCUGUUGUGAGGGGGGGCGAUUGUAGGAGUGGCAAGAAUCACGACCUGAACUCUCAUUGUGCUGCGCGCAGAUCAGGUCAUCCUCUGUGCUUUCUUUCACAGGACUGCAGGCCUUGGUUACACCUGGGAAAGAACUGAGGUAAACUGAGGUGUUGUCCUCCCUGAGCCUCUCCUAGAGAGGUGGUGGGGUAGAAGCCCAGCCUCUUUAAAGAUACUGCCAUACUCUGGGUUUUGCAACACCUUAGUUUUCCAGGCUUCUGAAGCCCAAAGUAUUAAAGCUGAGGGAAAGAAACCAAAAUUCUGACUGUUCCCAAAUACCCCCUUCAGCAGCAGCGCCCCAGAGUGGGUGGACCCUAGGCUCACCUUGCCUUCAUUCCCCUCCUCUCCAAGGCUGGAGGCAGGGCCUUCCCAGUCCUCGACUGCCCGACCCCAGGCCUGCCUGCAGGGUGGAGGCUCUGAGUCCCACAGUGUGAUGCAGACUGCUAGCUGUCACCACCUGGCUUUAGGAGAUGCACUGACUGUAGAAGCCUGGUGUGUUCCUACCUGGUCAGGUGUUUUCUCCCAGGUCGUUAUCAGUACCAUUCCAGCCUCUUGCCUCGCCACUGUAUGGAAACUGUUUUAUAGCGGACGCUCUUCACUGGGGAUUGAGCACCAUUUAAUAAAGUCUAUGUUUGUAUUUUGCCUUA